UAACUUGAUCAUAAAUCAUGCAGUGGUUCAUUGGGCCAAAUUCGCACAAUUAAGAAACACCAUUGAUUUUACAUGAAGCCUGGUGGAUAAUAUCGAUCUAGAAACAGAGUAUGCAACGAGAAGGAUGAGUUGAUUGCCGACAUGGUUUCUUCAACACACCAUUCACUGUCACCCUCACCGCCUGCGUCGCAGUAUAUUGCUAGCUAGUCAUGGUCUCCUAGAUGCAGCUAUAUCAUGGCACUGAAGUAGGUCGAUAUACGCAGUCAGUAUGGGAGACGAACGACCUGUCACUGGUAUCAGUCGCAAAGAGAAUUACAUGAGCUCUCAUGAUAAGUAUUCAUCCGAUCAUAGCGAUGAAAGCGACAGCGACGUUGGUGUAACUUGGGAUCCUGGUGACGGAAUUUGUCCAUCAACAGCAGAAUUCCAUCAUUGCUGUCAGUCCAAGUUCGAUGAAUGGAGGCAUGCGACCUCAAUAUCCCCAAACGACACUCUCUCUUUCUCCUUUUUCUUAGAGACCUUCUUAAGCCUCCUCAAACAUGUCCCUCCGUUUUUACACGGCCUCCCGGAAGACGUUAAUAUUACAGGGAGCCGGAGAACGUUUCUUAUGCUUAGAUCAUCUCUACAGAUACGAUCAACAGACGAUCCAGACUGCGACCGACCUUACAAGCUGAUUGAUUAUCUUCAAUGCCUCGGAUCUCCAAGGCCUGCCGUCUAUAAGCUGAAGGCUGAGACGCAAUUACAUACUCUCCUUCCUUUUCAUACCAAGCCCUUCCGCUCCGGGUAUUUUACAAAUAUUGCUUUAGCUUGGUCGUACAUUGUCUCCUGCCGCUGGGCUGAAAUAUUCCAGCAAGCAGGUUGGAACAGCCAGAUACUUCAUGAAAAUGGUGUGCAGCUUGAAGACUCUUUCUGGCAUCUUGUCACGCAAGGCUGCUGGAUAGCACUAGUGGAAAAAGAAACAGCAAAGUUCUUUUCUCCAUGGAUGUUGGCCAGUGAGGGGACUAAAAAAGACCGCAAUUGGGUGCCGGUCACACCAAACUCGUAUCUAGCUUUCGAUAUCCUCGUGAACUUCUGCCUAUCAGAAGGGCUGGAGGUAGAAUUGGUCACCGGGAUUGCUUCUAUUUUAUUAUUGACAUCGCGGAAUGCACCCUCGCCUAGCUUCGCUCCUCCUGUUCCGGUUCCGAUUGCUUCUGCUGUCUCUCCACCAAGGGCAAAGGACGUGGUCUUACGUGUUCUUUACCGAUCUAUCGAUAAGUUUCUCACUUUAAGCUCCACGCAAGACGCUUUGGACUCAUUAAUAUGCAGUUCUUUUUUUGAUCCGUCUAUUCCCUGUAAUUUCAUAGGAGCUGCAUCUUUGGGUGUGAGGAAAGCCCUCUCAACGGCGGACGAGAUCGAUAACCAACAGCUUCUUAGAGCAGUCACAUAUACGAAACCGCCUCUAUGCCAUUUCUGGACUGCUGCCAUACAUGGAGGUCAAGAAAUGGCGUUUCUGAAUAUGAGUCUGUAUACUCUACCGCCUAUAUGCCUUGUCGCCGCCUUUUGGACAGAUACCACUCAAUCCUUUCUUCAGAUGGGGUAUUGCUCAAGCGAAGUAGAGAAUGAAGUUACCACCCGAGCAAACGAGUUCCAAACUUCAUUUUAUUGCCGGCCAGAAGCAUCGGUGCCCUGGUCGCCCGCGCCUCCUUUCGGCACAACGCCUGUUGAAAACGUCAGUCUUGAAAUCCGACAACACCUCGGACAUAUGCACAGACCUAUCUCAUGGACCACAUGCUGGGUUUUGGAUUCCGGCAAGAGAGUCCCCGCGACCGAACCGUACCAGUAUCCUCAGUUUCAGGUUCAGGAGACGUAUCAUCCUUUCUCCUCAGAGCAUCCUAAUGACGUACCCUAUGCUGAACAAAAUGCUGCUGAUGAACAGUCAGGGGUUGCAACAUCUCGUUUAUUCAAUUGGCAUAGAAGCUAUGACGACGGCAUCUGGCUUGAUGAUGGAACGGGGGAUACCGAGAUGGUUCGUCGACUCCAGCGACACCCAUGGAUUGUCGAUCAAUUCUUCGGGAGUGAGCUUGACAGCCUAGUCGAAGAACCUAAACAUCGCGAGCUAAGAGUUGAGAACAUUUUGCGGUGGAUAUGUGAAACUGAAAAUCAUUGACUCUAGCACCAAAUUCUACGUCAACUCAAUCAAGUUACACUCCGUUGCACUAUCUCAAACCGUCAAACAUGAGCUAAAAACCGGAGCUCCGUCUGAUGCUUACUAUCUUGGCGGACUAUCCUCCAUAUAUCAAAUUUAUUUGGGUCGGCUAGG